AUGUCGCGCGCGAUUUCCACCACAUCGUUUGCGUCUAAACCAACAUCAUUGAGGCGAACCAUGUCGUCGUCGUCGUCAUCUCGACGCGCAGCGCGCGGUAAACAUCAAAUCAAAGCUGGUAUUUUCGAAGACGUGUUGGAUUCGUUGUUACCGAAACCAAUGUCCGAUGCGCGGAAACAGAUGGAAUAUUUCGACGGCCCUGGGGGAAUGCUGGCGAAAAUCAACCCGCUCGCGAAGAAACCGACAAUGAAAGCUCCGGAAGUGAUGAGCACAUCCUCCGCGCAAGUUUUGUUUGAUUUUGCGAGCAUGAGUCAACAGACUUUUGAAAGUGAGUUCGGUGCUUUGAAUGACAACGUCAUGGGAGGGCGUUCGGAUGCGACGGCCAUUCUCGAGAAUGGAAAAUUUGCGGUGUUGAAAGGGAUGACGGAAGACCAGUUUGGUGGUUUUGCGUCUAUGAAGAGCAGAGAUUUCGAUAAGGCGAUUAAUCUGAAAGAAUUUGACGGCAUUUCGGUGAGAUGCAAAGGCGACGGGCAGCGAUACAAGUUGAUUUUAUACGACACGGACGACUCGUUCAACGUGGCGUUUCAUCAGACGUUUGAGUGUCCAAAAGGUGGCGGCAAGUUUGAAGACGUGAAGUUGUACUUUAAAGACUUCAAGCCAGUGCAGAGGGGGAGGUUAGUGAAGGAGAACGAGAGCGAGUAUCGUUUGUGCGACGGGUCGAAAGUCAUGGCGGUGCAGUUGAUGUUGAGCAAGUUUUCGUACGGCAUGGACGAUAAAAACACUAAUUACAAACCAGGGACGUUUGAUAUUGAAGUCGAACGCAUGGAAGCGUUUAAGGAUUAA